ACUUUAAAUGACUCAGGAAGUAAAAGGAGGCCUCCUGACGGGGAAAGGGAAAGUGGAACCGGGGCGGCGCGGGGGACAGCGGCAGCAGCAAUCUCGCCCGAGUAGCGGGAGGCUGAGCGGGCGGCGCGACGCGGGGGCCGACGGGGGCGCCGGGUGCCCGCGCCGGAAGUGCCCUGCGCGGCAGAGGAAGCGCAGGGACAGAGCAGAGCAGGCCGAGCCAGCGGAAGGCUCUUUGCUGCUCCGCCCGGGCAGGGGCUGCCCCGGCCCCAGGUCCCGCUUCCAGACGCGGCGCGGUCCAGGCUCCAGGCGGGCGGCGACUCCCGAGGAAGGGACCCGGGGCGGGAGAAGGAAGUGAGGAGGCCGCGCAGAGGGAAGGCGGCGAGCCCUGAGGCCCCGAGGCCUUACCGCGUCACAGCAACCACAUGGCCUCCGGAGUGGGCGCGGCCUUCGAGGAGCUGCCUCACGACGGCACGUGUGACGAGUGCGAGCCCGACGAGGCUCCGGGGGCCGAGGAAGUGUGCCGAGAAUGCGGCUUCUGCUACUGCCGUCGCCACGCUGAGGCGCACAGGCAGAAGUUCCUCAGUCACCACCUGGCCGAAUACGUCCACGGCGCCCAGGCCUGGACCCCGCCAGCUGACGGAGAGGGGGCGGGGAAGGAAGAAGCGGAGGUCAAGGUGGAGCAGGAGAGGGAGAUAGAAAGCGAGGCAGGGGAAGAAAGUGAGUCGGAGGAAGAGAGCGAGUCAGAGGAAGAGAGUGAGACAGAGGAAGAGAGUGAGGAUGAGAGCGAUGAGGAGAGUGAAGAAGACAGCGAGGAAGAAAUGGAGGAUGAGCAAGAAAGCGAGGCCGAAGAAGACAACCAAGAAGAAGGGGAAUCCGAGGCGGAGGGAGAAACUGAGGCAGAAAGUGAAUUUGACCCAGAAAUAGAAAUGGAAGCAGAGAGAGUGGCCAAGAGGAAGUGUCCGGACCAUGGGCUCGAUUUGAGCACCUAUUGCCAGGAAGAUAGGCAGCUCAUCUGUGUCCUGUGUCCAGUCAUUGGGGCUCAUCAGGGCCACCAACUCUCCACCCUAGACGAAGCCUUUGAAGAAUUAAGAAGCAAAGACUCAGGUGGACUGAAGGCGGCUAUGAUCGAAUUGGUGGAAAGGUUGAAGUUCAAGAGCUCAGACCCUAAAGUAACUCGGGACCAAAUGAAGAUGUUUAUACAGCAGGAAUUUAAGAAAGUUCAGAAAGUGAUUGCCGAUGAGGAGCAGAAGGCCCUUCAUCUAGUGGACAUCCAGGAGGCAAUGGCCACAGCUCAUGUGACUGAGAUACUGGCAGACAUCCAGUCCCACAUGGAUAGGUUGAUGACCCAGAUGGCCCAAGCCAAGGAACAACUUGAUACCUCUAAUGAAUCAGCUGAGCCAAAGGCAGAGGGCGAUGAGGAAGGACCCAGUGGUGCCAGUGAAGAAGAGGACACAUGAAGGCUUGCUACCCCCAGUGGAAAAUCAUCCCCUCCCCUUGUGUGUAUGUGACAGUGUGUAUGUAACGGCUUCUGAUUUCUGUGAAAGCUGCUCAGCAACAAACGUACUUCCACCAGAUGUGUCCCCAGAUCCACAGCAGGCACAUAUCUCUCCAAGGGAUGACCAGUUUUAUGCUUACUGACUGUGUGCUUCUCAUCCUCUGGUUGUGGUAGGUCAAGGAAAAGAGCCAAUUUGAUCCACCAGGAGCAAUUAAGAAGGGUCCUUCAGGUAAUCCCUCAGUGGCUGCUUUGAACUUACUCAGGAAAGUCAGCCCCCAUAAUAUUGUGUUACCAAACAGUAUGGCUUUGUUAGGAAGGAUCUGGAAUAAUCUUGAAGGGAAGUCAGAGUUUUCUCCCUGCCUAUUAACAGAAACCCAAUUUUGUUCAUAUUGAAGCAUGAAAUAAAUGAGAGCAAGGUAGGGCCACAUUGACUCAUGUGGGCAGUCCCUAAAAGUCCAGUUCUGCAUUUGUGAAAAUGUGGUGCCAUGAAUUAAGGUGGAUGACUGGAAAAAGGUGUUGGAGAAAGAGUUAAAGAUUAGGAAGAGAUAUUUUUAGUAUAUGAAGUUAUCCAGGACUUGAGAUUCAUAAUUCAGUGCUGUGGAAAUGAAAAAAAAUGAUUGAAGAGGUGGAACGGAAAUGACCUUAGGGGGAAAAAAAAGGACCAAAGAAAUCUGAUUAAAAGUUGAAAUCAGUAAUUCUGAAUUCAAAUUGCUUGAAUUUCCAAAAUAGUCAGUAAAGGAUCUAAUAGAACCACAAUUAUUUGGGUGAAUUCUGCAGGUUUUAUGGGCUUGUCACAACAUGAAGGGCUGGAAUGUAUAUUACCAAAUGGGAAUUUUCAUUGUAGGUUUUUGCUAGUCCUAUCCCCAUUUUAGCCUAAUUUGGCUUAAAUGCAAUAUGGGGAGAAUUGAUGCCACUCCAUGUGUUCUGAAUUCAGCUCAUCUCCCAGCAUAUAGAUAUAACCUCCUUUACCUCAGACCAGAACCCUUCUUCCUGUGGCACUCCCCACCCACAGACCUUCAGAUCAUCUCCCACACCCUGGAUCUCGCUCUCCUCUUAGUAACAGAGACAUGCCUGAGGUUGGACUUCCUUGCUUUUCUCUACUUCCAAAUCACAAUUUCUUACAACCAAGCUUUGUACUCCCGAGUAAGCAGGGAUGUGCUAGGGGAAUGUAAAACUGCAAACUUAAAAACCUGCAUCUUCUUGAAGCAUCAGUUUUACUUACCAAAUGGUUUGGAGUCAGGAGAUGACCUAUUUUUAUAUAAAAGUUAUAUUAUAGAAUAAAAUGUUCAUACACAUAGACUGUUAAGAUAAAAAAUAGGAAUCUUGAAAGGUAAUUAUUUGCAAGUGGGUUAUAUGUUCACUCUCCUCUGCCUUUAUGGUAUUUUGGUGUUCACUUAUGAAGAAUACAACUGGAACCAUAUCCAAGCAGACUCUGGGUUGCUGCUAACCCAGGGCCUAGACUUCUAGUGCCUCUGAGGCAGAACCAAAGGAGCCUGCACCGGGGGAAAUCCCUUUUCCUGCCUGCCUAUGACCUGUGUACCUAUUAUAGGGCCAGCUGAUUAUUGUGCUUGCAGGAUGGUUUUGAAACAGACACAAUACUUGUUUACUAUAAGAGUCCUAUUUAUAUUAUUUUUCAGUCUUGUGAAUGCUGUGAAAUGAUUUAUUCCUUUGAGGCCAGGAAGCUCCCAGGCAUAUAUGCUUCUAGGUUAGGAUUGUCCUAACUCACUAAAGAUGCCAGGAUAUUGGGGCUGAGAGGAGUUUGAGAUGUUAAAAAAAAAAAAAAGCAUUUUUCUCUCAAACUGGUGGCCAAGAAAUGGCUAAGACAAUUUUGGUGCUUUAGCUGUCUCUGCAAAGACUGGAGAAUUUGGCAUACCAUUAAUUACAACCUCCAAUCAUAUCCAACAAAACUACCCUAAAAGAAGGACCAGUGGCCACUCUUGAAAAAGUUUAAGUAUCAGAAGAUUAAAAAGAUUUUAGGAUUUGGAAGCUUGUAUUGUCUUUCCCCAAUAAUCAUUGUUUGAUCUCCAAAUGGUAGCCUUAUAUUAGCAAUGGACAGAUCAUUGGUUCUCCAUAUCUGAUCAUAUGUUAUUACUUUGAAUCAGUAUUUGGGAAAUUCAAGUAUUUAUGCAGUGGAUAUAAAUGGAAAUAUAAAAAUGUGUGCCAGUCUGUCUCAGUAACUUAUCUCUGAUCCUCAAGGAAAGCACUUUUGCUGUUACUUAGAAAGGGUUUCAGAGUUGCUUUACAGACUCCUGCUGUCUUCAGCACCUGAUAAAACUUUAACCAGGGAAGCAUUAAACACAGUGCAGCAGCUUUUGCCCAGGCUCCUAAGUUCCUGCCGGCAGCAUUUAUCAAUGUAAGAAACUAGGAUGCUUCCUGCAGUGGCACCACCUUCCCAUAGAGCUGGAGCAUGCUGCUUGGCCUUAAGCCCCAGUAUGAUGAGGCUUCCCUCCUGCCAGGUCAGUAAAACUUAGAAAGCUCAGAAUUGUGUCUUGCCUGGCUGCAGGUUGCAGGGUUUGCUGAAACCCCUAAAGAGAAGUCACCAAGGGAGGCAGGUAAUGAAUGUUUCCAGAAUCAGUCAGAUACUCAUAGCAAUUUCUGGCUACCUUUCAAAUGUUGAAUUUCCGGAUGGUGAGAGGGACUUUGAUUUGAUAUCAUUAAAUCCAGGACAGUCCCAAGAAGUGCUUGGAGUCUCCGCUCUGACAGCCCAAGAAGGGAAAUAACUUGUAUUAAGGAACAACUAUGAGCCAGGCCCUGAACUGUCUCUUAGAUAAUAAAACAGAUGGGGAAUGGAAGUCAUUUGCUUCAAGUUACACAGCUAGGAAAUACUCAAGCCAAAUCUUGAACCCAGCUCCCCCUAAUUCUGUGGACAAGCACUUUGUACCACACACUGUGGUCCACAUAAAAACAGAAGGAUAAAAAGGCUUCAGGUUUUCCCGCUGUGCGCUGACCAUCCCAAUUUAUGAAUCUUUUUCAAAAUGACAGUUAUAGUUAGGGCUCAGAAAUGGCAUUGAGGUAGCCUUAUUUCUCCCCUUUAGCUGAUGCUUUAAGUACACAUUGCUGACUUGAGCCCACCCCCAGGAGUUGGGAGAACAUUUCCUUUUUCAUGUCGUCUUCCAUAAAUAAAGUGUUUCUUGGCCUUCAAAGGUAUAGAACUUUGCAGCAGUAGUAAAAGUGAAGGGUGUUCUGCUUUCUACUCAACUUUAUUUGCAACUGUCUGCAGCUUCACUGCUGUAGAAAAGGAAAUCUUCAUAUUUUAGUAAACUUAGCGGCCAGUGUGCUCUGUGAGGAUGUGGCAAUUCAAAGUCCAGUGAAUCUGGACUUUCCUACUGAUUCCUGGUUUGCGUGUGUUGGGGGAGUGUGUACCUAUAUAUAAAUGACAAGUGUGAUAUGUGUGUAUAUGUAUAUACGUACAUGUCCACACACACACACAAUAUUUGAGAACUAAGGAAAACUCAAAGCAGCCCCUUCAUUAUCUUGCAUACUACUUCAAAGAUUUCUGUCAGCCCUAAUUACAAGUGUCACCAUAUAGUUGGAGCUUAGGUACUUGCUUACAAGAAGAGCAAUUCCCUAGCAAAAGUUGUUAGCUUCUAAGGCACUGAGUCAAAGUGACAGCCCUGAAGGAAAUUGCACUCCAGCCCUCCUCCAAGAUGUCUAAUAACAUGGGAAACUUGGAUGCCCAGCCAUUUUGGUGACCUGAGAGUCUAACUACUCCAGUUAGACCUGAGGGCACAAAUGCAGAAUUCAUGACCUUGUAGUAGUGGCAGGGUCUGGGAAGUCCUCUCUCCCCAAGUAGAAAAUGCUCCCUUGCUAUUCUUGAAAUUCCACAUUCAUUAUAUGUAUUGGCUGUUCCAUACAUGCUUCUCAAUAAGAAAAUUAACUGCAUGUUUACUGUGUGCUGAUCACAUCAGAUUUUUAUGUUUAAAAAAAUCUCAUUAUGGACUGAGUCCAGCCCAGCCCUAGGAGAAAAAGAAGGCCCAUAGGGGAGACUUCAAUCUCAUUAUUAUUGCCUUUAUCCAACAGGGCUUAUGAAACCCCCUACCCUGUCCCAUUCCAGAAACUGUAAGACUCAGGCAGUUCUUGAUUCUGGAGGCCUGCCUGGUAAGAUAAGAUAGUAUCAUUUGGAACUGAGAACAUACCAGAAACAGCAGAACAAGGUCCAGAGCAGAAAAAUGAAAAUAAGUGAAGACACUUAUGGAUACAUUGGUGCAGAAAAAGCCACGGAGCCCAUACUAGGCUUGACAGCAGAUUAAUACUCAAUGAGGAUUAAACCUGACCCGUCUUUCUACAGUGACAGGCCACUCUGCGUGAAUGGGGAGAACCAAUGAAUCCAUUGUCCUCUGCCUAUUUUCCUGUGCACAGUCACAUUCCUUCCUUAGGAAUCUUCCCCUUCCACCCUUUACAUUAAACAAGGGAACACUGAAUCUUUCAACAGAAUUACACGUUUGAGUUAAUGUUUCAGUAUAUCAUUUUCAUACUGUAAAUUAUUUUGUAAGAGAGAUUUACUGCUAUCCCAGGAUGUUCGGACUUGGCGCCCCUGUGCAUUUGGAAAUCAAUAAACUAUUACUGGAAAUGCCA